AUGGCUACCCGACGCAUCGUCGCUUCAGAAAAGACCAUCCUAGAGAAGGAUGAUCGUGUUGGCGCCAGCCCUGCCGCCGGCGAGAAGUCCAACAUCACCCCGGCCGUGCCGACGGAUGUCAUCAUGAAGCUUCUCGGAUUCACGCUCGCAAUGAUUGUGAUGCCCAUCGGAACUUAUUUCGCGACGGUCGAUUUUCUCUUCAAGGGCAACUCGACUUUCGCUGGAGGUCUCGCCGCCGUCGUAGCCAACGUCGUCCUGAUCACGUAUGUCAUCGUUGCUAUGAAGGAAGACCAGAGUGAUCAGCUUGGCGACUGGAAGGAGGCGAAAAAGGAUCGCUAG